UGGUUAGAGAUUUGCUGCAGACGACGUCUAAUGUUAUGUUAUCAACAGAAACAUCAUCAAUCAUGUCCUUUUCCACACCUUCUGUCCGUUUUAUCAAUCUUCCUACGGUUACACUUCCAAAUGGAAUACUGCGGUUCAUCAGUGUCACAGAAAAUCAGCACACAGUUGUGACAGAUGGGGAUAUGUUGAUGGGUACUCCCCUUUUCCUUGCCACUGACAUACUGACUGGGACAUCAGUGACAGCCGACAACCAGCCUAGAAUACAUGCAAGAUAUGGCAAACAGGGACUGGCUACCAAGCUUACUAUUCCUUCAGGUAUUAAAAUCAAUGGCUUACAUGGCACCAGUCGAGGGUUAUGGUUUUACAGCAUAGUAGGAGCUCUCAAGGUGACGUUCGAGUUCCAUUCACCGGACCAGCAAGUGGCUCUGAUGGAUGCCUUACAGGAUGUCUGGAGAACGAAAUACAAAGAUCCACCACUUCCAUCAAGUAUAGUAGUUCAGCAUGUUGAAGAAAACAGAGGCAAGAACAGAGAUAGAGAUGUUGAUGGUGAAACAUCUCUAGAAGCUAGGUCCUGUUUGCCCAUUGACCAUGAGACAAGAAAUGAGGGCCACGUGGAUGCAACAGGAAUUUCAGAUGAAAAGAAUAUAGAAUCCGGGAAACCGAUUAAACGACAUUACACAAUUUCAAUCAGCAACACAGUCUCGAAAAGAAAGAGAACGUUGGACGAGUUUGUGAAUGAACCUGUUCUCAAAAUUGAUCGAAGUACGUCAACGGAUGAUCAAGUCGUGCAAGGAGAUGGUGUUAUUGACUUGGAAGUUCACCAUGUUGAGGAAGUGUUAACAGAGAGGGAGCCUCCACCGUCAUCUCCAGACCAGGCUAAAUGCUGGUGUGGUGCUGUACAGAGGAGGUUACAGGAGCUGGCGGAGCGGUACGGUGAUGAAAUUCUCUCGGAAGAACUGACGUGCUCCAUGGAACACGUUGUCGAGAUGUUACACGUCAUGACCAGAGGUGAGAUCGAUACCUGUCUGCAGCUUCUGAACAGCCUUUCCGAUGCUGUCUGUGAAAACACGAGGAGGGAUGGUGAGGAAGCCCUACGUCAAUCAUCGGACAGGGUCAGCGAGGUUUUAGCAGAGUGGCUGGGGUCAAAGUUCAAUCGCGAGAUCUCCCAAAUCAGUGAAAGGGUCGUGGAAUUCAAACAGAGGAACAUCGAUCAGAUCAACAACCUGCCACAGGCAAAGAAUCUGGUAAACACUCUGUUCCCUAAAACAAUGGUAGACUUCAUCAUGACAUGGUUAGGAACAAGAACUGAGCAAAGAAUGGCCUCCAGCGAUUUAGGAGUUACUUUAGCGAGUGAUCUUGAUCAUGUAGACGAAAGUCAAAGAACGGGUCAUGAUGAUCAUGUUGGGAAUAGACUGACAUUUGGGGAAAAGCGAACAGAAGAAGGCAAUUCUCGUUACCCAUUGGCUCAGUUUAUCCUUGAACUAGCUAACCAAACACUCAUCUCAGGCAUGGCUCAUGUUAUAUACCCAAGGCUGAUCCAAAAUACAAACGUCUGAAUAGGUGCAAUUGAUCAAGAUGAUAGUAGUAGAGAUAGUAAUAGUACUGAUUAUGACCAUCCUUUAGGGGCCAUGAAUAUGAAACAAAUAUACCGUAAUUAACGGUCACUAUAAACCGCCCUCCUGUAUUAACCGCAUCUAUCAGAAAGAUUACUUUCAAACCAAGAUGACAGACAAAUUUGAGUGUUGUUCUAGUUUCUGAUUACUGA